CUAAGCAACACUGAAUAGUGGAUGCGGUGCUUUCCCAACCCACUUCUUUUGGAUGACAGAACACUUGGUCUUCUGAAUGAAGCUCCAACAAUGUCUGCCCAGCAAUAACCUCAGGGUUUGGCACCGUCUGUCGUCUGUCGCCCUCCGGUUCUCCUCUUCAAACCAACCACGACAACAACGCUGCUUCACCUCCACGACAUCCCGCUCAUAUCGCCCCCUAGAUACCCUCAACGAUGCCGACAUAAACGACUUCCGCCAAAACUACUUUACUCCGGAACGUCCUACAAUUCUCCCUCGGGGUUCUUUUCGUGAUUUCCCCGCCUUUGAGCGUUGGUUCGAGCCCGCUCCGACCGAACCAAAUGUAUCUCAACUGAAUACAACUUACCUUGCCCAACACGGAGCCGACGCCUUCGUUCCUCUGGAACUCACACAGCCUUCCUCCGACGGCGCCUCCGAGACAGGAGCAGACGGGCUCACCUUUCAGCAAUUUCACGCACCGCUGAGUUUGUUCCUUGAUUGGAUUCGUUCCGCAGAGACGCUCGAGACACAGUCCGCUCGGUUGUAUCUAGCGCAGUGCCAGCUCCUAGAUCUCCCCCAGGUACUCCGCGAUGACUUUCCAACACCUGAAUUAGUAGCACAGGCCGGAAAGGGUGAUGUCUACGACACGAAUGUUUGGAUCGGAUAUCCACCUACGUAUACGCCUCUCCAUCGGGACCCGAAUCCCAAUCUCUUCGUUCAACUCGCGGGACAAAAGGUUGUGAGACUUUUAUCGCCUGGCGAUGGACAGAAAGUAUUUGGGUCCGUGAGACGGCAGCUGGGACGAAGCGGAGGUCGCGAGGCUGCUGCGAUCCGAGGAGAUGAAAUGAUGCAGGGCCAAGAAAGGGCAUUAUUGGAGCAGGCUGUCUGGGAUGAGGAGAAAGCUGUGCCGGGGCUAGAUGGGUAUGAAGCACAUCUCGAAGCGGGUGAUGGAAUGUUCAUUCCCCGGGGAUGGUGGCAUAGUAUCAAGGGCGUAGGGACAGGGGUGACGGCUUCGGUGAAUUGGUGGUUCCGCUAAUAAUCAGGGUGUAUGAUGGGUAAGUAGUUUUGUAGAUAUGGUAAUGUACGGAGCUGCAUCUAUAUCGGAACAGAUACAAGCUACAGCAAGACAGCUUGACAAAAGAAAAGUAAAUUAUUUCACCCAGAAAUAAGCUCAAUAAUAUGCAAAAAAAACACAACCCAAUCUCCAUAACUCAAUACAACAAUUAAAUGGGCAAUCCGUACGCUUAAGACUCAGAACGUACCCA